UGUAGAAGCUACAUAUAGUAUGUAUUGAAUGUUGUGUGUGCUGCUUAUGUAUGGUGCAGACAUUUUAUUUUGUAUUUGUUGCUAUAAUUGUGGUUAUUGCCUUAUUAUAAGCAUUUUCUUUUCUCUUUUUACAUUUUUUUUCUGUGUAACUGUUCAGAUGCAGCAGAAUUUAGUGUCUGUCUGUCCAUGUUUGUCUAUGAGGCAUGUACUGUAAGCACAAAUAAUAUUGAGUCUCAGUUUAAUUCUACCCAACAGUGUGUGUUUGUGUGUUUGUGUGUGUGUGUGUGUGUGUGUGUGUGUGUGUGCGUGCGUGCCCGUGCCCGUGCACAUGCGCUUGCAUGUGUGUUUGUGCGUGUGUGGACUGUCUCUGCACAUCUCCAUCAUCUUCACUCUGUUGGAACCUGGCCUCUGCUCUGAGCUACAGGCUUGUUUUUUGUAACGGAAAUGUCAUACAAGCAUAUUUAUGUUAAAAUGAAAGUCCUUUAUAUGUAUAUAAGAUAAUGUUCAUUAUUUGGUGGCACAUUUGUGUUGUGUCAGGAUUUGUUAAUGCAGAUAUUUGUUUGGGUAAUAUCUUCCUGCCCUUUUCGAGAGAAUCUGUGGCAUUCAACAAGAGGUGAUCAAUGCCAAGAAAGAUGUUGAAUGGUACAUUUCCACAUUAUGCUUUUUACACUGUGACUAAUCCCUUCUCCUUCUCUCCUGGUCUACUCUCUGUCUGCCAUUUCUUUCUCUCGUCACUUCUCUCCCUUAUGUCCUCCUCUCUUUGCCAUUCCCUCAUCCUCUCUUUCUUUCCAUUCCUCUGUCAUCUUCCUCAGGCUCAUCCAGCUCUCAAAGCCUUUUUGUGUGGCUCUCUCAGCGGCACCUGCUCUACACUACUCUUCCAGCCUUUGGAUCUGGUCAAGACACGGCUGCAGACCCUACAGAACAAUGCCAAACUGGGUGCACCAAAGGUGGGGAUGUUCAACGUUUUAAUCAACGUUAUCAGGACAGAGAAUUUCUUCGGUCUGUGGAAGGGAGUUUCACCAUCAUUUGUGCGCUGCAUCCCUGGGGUGGGCAUCUACUUCAGCACCUUCUACUCCCUAAAGCAGCACUACUUCCUAGAACGGGCACCCAACGCUGGCGAGGCUGUUCUGCUUGGAGCGGGUGCCAGAACUGUGGCUGGCGUCUGCAUGCUGCCAUUCACGGUCAUCAAGACACGCUUUGAGAGUGGCUGUUACAACUAUGUGAGUGUGGCAGGGGCUCUGAGGAGUGUGUAUGAGACGGAGGGAAUCAGGGCCCUGUUCUCAGGGCUGACUGCCACGCUGCUCCGAGACGCUCCGUUCUCUGGCAUCUACGUCAUGUUCUACAGCCAGGCCAAGAAGGCGAUGCCUCAAGAGGUAACUUCGUCGCCCUAUGCUCCGCUGGUGAACUUUAGCUGUGGGGUGGUGGCAGGUGUCAUGGCGUCGCUGGCCACACAGCCAGCGGAUGUCGUGAAGACCCAUAUUCAAAUCAGCCCAUCCCACUGGAGCACAAGAGAUGCUGUCCACUACAUCUACAUGGAGCACGGCAUGGGCGGGUUUUUCCGUGGGGCUGUACCCAGGUCUCUGAGACGCACUUUGAUGGCUGCCAUGGCUUGGACUGUCUACGAACAGCUGAUGGCAAGAAUGGGCCUCAAAUCCUGAAGAGCACAAGGGGUUGAGCCACAAUAAUUAAAUAUGAGGGGAUUAGGAUGUACAUUUGCUUCUCACUGAAAGCCCCAUGAGAGAAGUAAAGGGAGCCGACGAGCUGUGAACCAGCACUACCAAGAUUUUGAGACCAGGUGUGUGUGUGUGUGUGUGUGUGUGUGUGUGUGUGUGUGUGUGUGUGUGUGUGUGUGUGUGUGUGUGUGUGUGUGUGUGUGUGUGUGUGUGUGUGUGUGUGUGUGUGUGUGUGUGUGUGUGUGUGUGUGUGUGUGUGUGUGUGGUCAGUAGUCUGUGAGGGUGUUUGUUCUCCAGCACCAAUCCACGUACAGUCUUUCAGCUUACAUAAGCAUUACCUCUCUGUCUAGCUCUAAGAACCAGACACUCUGUUUUAUUUUGUUGGUGUUGUCUUUUUAGCUAAAGCCGCCUUUAACACCGUCACAUUAAGCAGAUAUGAGAAAGGUUUAACACUUCCGUGUGUGUGUGUGUGUGUGUGUGUGUGUGUGUGUGUGUGUGUGUGUGUGUGUGUGUGUGUGUGUGUGUGUGUGUGUGUGUGUGUGUGUGUGUGUGCUAUUUAAAAUGUUUAUGAAAAUGUGCCAGUUUGUGUCUGUAAGUCUAUAGUGACACUCCCUGCGGUGAAGUGAACUUACUCCUCCUGUGACUAUUUAUGUUUGGACACCCUGAGGUCUGGCUGCCGAGGGUAUGUGACUGUGCUGGGCAGCAUUGUUUCCUUUGACAAGGUAUUUCAAAAUGCUGUCAAUACAAACGGGACUCUCAGCAAGCUGGUGUUCCGUACAUCUGCUGAGGUAACCAAAAGCAAAGCACUGCAGCGAGAGAAGCUCUGGCUUCCGCCAUAUUUACAAAACUUGCCUAAGAUUGAGCAAUGCUUCUUACUUGCCAAUAACAAGCAUACUUUAUCUGCUUCUAUAUAUAAUUUGUUGCAGGCUCAGACAAUCACAAGUACUCACACAGCUGCAUUAUGGGAAGAAAGUCCCAAGAAAGCCUUUGUUGCCACUGUGAUGCAUUUUGUGUCUCAGCAUAUUGAAACCAGAUGUGCUUUUUAAAGAAGUAAUGAUAGUCCGUCACAUCUGGGUUGAAAUGCUAUAAUUGAAAUGCUUAAUUCUUAUUUUUUUAGGAUAAAAACAGCAAUGCAAUUUGCAAUUCCUUUGUUUUAAGUAAACACUUUUAUAUAAUUUGAUUUGUUCCCUACACAUUAAAGGAUUUUCCUAAAAACACAAUGUAUAGAGCGAUAUAAAAGUAAUCCCUAUCAAUAAUGAUCCACAAGAAGUGUGUGGCGAUGUCGGCCUCAUAUUUUUCUUAUUUUGCCGUGUGCAAGAUGAAUCUGGCCAUCAACUAUAGUCUUUGGGCCCCACCUGGGUGUGUAACACCCAGCCAAUGGCAGCGCACAGGAUGUGCAGCCCUUUCAUAUCGCUGUCCCGGUGUGCUUGUGCAGCGACAGGAUGAAUACUCUGCAUUUAAAUAAAUUCCGGCAAUGCAAAUGCAGCACCUUCCUGCAGGGUGGUGCGGAAAGGUUGGUGUGUUUAUUUGUGCGCUAGAACAUAAGUGCAGUGAAAAAAUCAGAAAAUAACAUUAUAUUCCUUUGAUUCACUGCUUUGUUCUCGUGAGUGCCGCUCUCUCUCUUCAUUCAGUCUUCAUCUCUCUCUCUCUCUCUCUCUCUCUCUCUCUCUCUCUCUCUCUCUCUCUCUCUCUCUCUCUCUCUCUCUCUCUCUCUCUCUCUCUGGCUAAUUACGCUUUGUGAUUACGAACACCAAUCCACAAAUCCUGCUUAGUGUACCUUUAAGUAAAUAUUUUAAUGACGGGGUGUAUUUGCAAUCUUUACUUUGGAUUUUGUUGUCAAUCACCUCCUGUGAGCAUAUUUCCAAAACAUUAAGCUUGCAAGUGAAGCAUUGCUUAAUUAUUGUGCCACUGUGUUUAUAAAAGUUAUACAGAAUCCUUAUCAGCGCUGGACGGAUGUAAAUAUUAACGUUUUUUUCCACAAAUUUAGAAUUAAUGGUUGUAACAAAUGAAGGCCGUGUUUUUAUGUUCAUUGUACAGUCUGCCCAUAGCUAUAAAUAUUAUUUAUUAGUGAUAUGUAAAAGAGAUGAUAUACUUAAAUUGAGACUGUAAGUGUUUAUAGAAGUAAUGCCAAAUAGAAGAUCUCAUUAAUGGAGGAGAUUGAAAGACUUAUUGGUCUGAACGAAAAGGAUCCUUACACACCCAAAGUGUAAACACACGAAAGAAUUUUUAAAGUUGUGACAGCAAGGUCACUAAUGUCCAGUGUGAUGUAACAGAGAAGGUGGUGUAUCAAAAAGAGAUGUUUAAUGACAAGAGUUGAUUUCAGUGUUUUCUGUGUAACACAGACUGUAUCUAAAUGUCCCGUAAUUCACACAUGGAGGUUUGACCUCGUCGACUAUCUCCAUUGAUUCUCUGUUGUGACUAUUUUGUUUACGGUCAUUGUUAUUGUACGUAGAUAUUUGGUCUGUGCAUGUGUUUGCUCAGACAGACGCUGUGCCUGCCGGGUUUUAAUGUCAAUAAAUCUUCCUGUUUUUUAAAAAUGA